AUGACGGCAGAUGCAACCAACCUUGCCCAGGAUAGUGAGCACCUGAGCAACGUACGGAAACGCUACGCAGAAGAAGCCAGAAAACGUCUCAGGCCUGAGGGCUCUGCUCAGUUUAUCCAACUGACAGAGACGGAAAACAAACGGCUCAACGCGUUGGUCGAGGAUCCUUGGGCAAACCAUGAAGCGCUCAAUGCCCAAGAUCCGCCCAUCAAGCAACACGACCUUCACAAGUUCUUUGUCCUCGGCGGCGGGUUUGGCGGUCUUCAAUUCGCCGUCCGCCUCAUCGAGAAAGGCAUCGCCACUGCUGAUGACAUCCGUCUUGCCGAUGCUGCUGGGGGCUUUGGAGGCACGUGGUACUGGAAUAGAUUCCCCGGUCUUCACUGCGACGUCGAGAGCUACAUCUACCUACCGCUCUUGGAGGAAACGGGCUACAUACCCACGCAUAAGUACGCACCCGGUGACGAGAUCAGACUUCACGCUGAGCGGAUCGCAGCGCAGUGGAAGUUGAAGAACAAAGCCCUUUUCCGCUCUGAUGUCAAGAGCGUUGAGUGGGAUGACAAGGCGCAACUCUGGAAUAUAAAGUUGACGCAGCGACGAGGCCCUCUGACUCCUAAGAUCGACAUCGAGUUCCGGGCUGAGUAUGUUUACCUUGCUGCAGGCGUGCUCACCAAGCCUCAAAUCCCGGACAUUCCUGGUCUGCUGUCAUUUUCCGGGUCCAUCUUUCAUACUGCACGCUGGAACUACAAGGUCUCUGGAGGCUCUCCAACAAACCAAACUUUGGAUGGCCUCAGGAACAAGAAAGUUGGUAUUGUGGGUACUGCUGCAACUGCAGUUGGAGUUAUUCCCCAAGUUGCCAAGUACGCCGGGGAACUCUACGUCUUUCAGAGAACACCAGCCUGCGUCAAUCCCCGUGGCCAGCAUCCAACGGAUUCCGUGGACUUCGAGAAGACGGUGGCCACGGGAAGUGGAUGGCAGUUCAAGAGGCAGACCAACUUUGCCACGUUCGUCAACAACGCCGCCGAGCCUGGAGCAGCCAACUUGGUUGGGGAUGCCUGGACGACUAUGCCAGGCUACUCUGCUGUUGUCGGGUCGCCCAACUAUGGUAUUGUUGACCCUGCACCUGAGAAUCUUGCACAGCACGUCGCAAACUUCCACGCUCUUGAUCUGUCGCACAUGGAGGACGUUCGUACCAGGGUCGAGAACAUUGUUCAAGAUGACGAUACGGCUGAAAAGCUUAAGCCUUGGUAUCCAUCGUGGUGCAAGCGACCGACGUUCAGCGACGCAUAUCUACAGGUCUUCAACCAGUCGAAUGUUCAUCUGGUCGAUACAGAUGGCCGAGGUCCAUCCAGGGCAACCGAAAAGGGUCUUGUCGUUGGCGAUAAAGAGUAUCCCCUCGACAUCAUCAUUUUUGGCACCGGAUACAAGACUCCGGCUUCUAGUCUGGGGAGCCCUACGUCGAGAACUGGUGUUUCCAUCAUCGGUCGUGAGCGACUCCCUCUAGACGACAAGUGGCAGGCCAACGGUCCCGCUACGCUACAUGGAUAUGCCACCAACGGAUUCCCCAACCUCUUCUUUUCGAGCUCUAACCAGGCAACCCAGACGGGAAACAACGUCUUCAUGCUCGGUCUCAUCGCCGAUCACAUUACGUACAUGAUAGCCCAGGCCCAAGAGCGAGUCGGACCCGGUCAACGUCCCAUCAUCGAGGUAACUAGCCGGGCUGAGCAGGCUCAUACAGACGAGAUUCUGAAACGAGCUCCGUACUACUCAGCUUUGGCAGGUUGCACGCCGGGCUACUUUAACGGACAUGGAGAAGCAUCUAGGGUUACGGAUCCUGACGAGAAGAGAAAGAGGGCCAAAGCCAGCGCCUGGGGUGAAGGAACGCAAUCGUUCAUGAAUUACAUUGAGGGCUGGCGUAAUGAAGGCUCACUCGAUGGUCUGGCGAUCGCGCCAGCCGUGGAUUCGUCCGGCAAGGGUGGGCUUCUUUCUAAGCUUUGA